AGGGACCAUCGAAAGCGGGGUUCGAGAUUUGCCACAGAUUUGCCCUCAGCUCUCCCACGUCGUGAAUCUCUCUCGAUUUCGCAGGGCUGUGCGCCGGCCGUCGAGCAAGAAAGAUGGCUUUUUGGCGUAGAUUCGGGAGCACCGGAUUUGACGGCUUCAUUUAUUGUUCAAAGAGAUGGCACUACGUACUCGCUGGCGGCGGAGCUCCAUCGGCCAAUGCUGUUGUUAGGUUACGAGGAUUUAGGACUUAUGAAGAAUCUUUCCAUGGCGGCGGUCCAAUGUUUUGCUACACGCACUUUAGAUAUUACGUUUCUUUGGGACAGGCCAAGCCAAAACCAAAAAUAGAAGGGAAGGGAGGGGAUUGGCGAAAACCUAAAGUGGAGGAUGAUGACGGGAUUCGGAUCAACGAAGGAAUCAAUGAACGUGAAGUGCGUCUUGUGACGGAUCAAGGGCAUAGAAUUGUUUCAAUACAGGAGGCACUUUAUCUGGCAAGGAAGCUUGAUCUUGACCUUGUCGAGGUUCAAAGAAAAGUGAAGGUUGAAGGUGGAGCACAGUCUCCUGUUUUCAAGCCAGCUGUUUGCAAGCUUAUGGACUACAGCAAGGAGAAGUACAAACAAGAUGUAAAGGAAAAGGAGCGUGCAAAGAGCAAAGCCACUAUUGCAUUGCGUAAUGGAGAGAACAAAGAGGUUCGCUUUAAAGCUAAGACUGAAUUAAAGGACCUGAAAAUUAAAGCGGAAUCGGUUAAGAGGUUGAUGGAACGUGGUUAUCGUGUGAAGUGUACUGCUAUGCCCACAGGUAAAGAUGAGGAAGAUCUGGGAGGCCUGCUAUUGAAUCUUCUAUCACUGAUAGAAGACAUAUCUGUUGUUGAAAGUGGCCCUCAUCUGGAUACAAAAAAUGCAUAUGUAAUUGUAAAACACAUCAAAUUUGCUUCUAAGAAAGGAAAGAAGGUCAGCAAAGCCAUGGAAACUGUUAGCAGUGUUCUGAGUACUCGUUCCAUUGCUGCAGCAGAUAACAACAGUGUCAGUGAAGAGGAAGAUGAUAUCCAGACUGAAGAAGAAUGGGAGGCUGUUGAAUCCGAUUCCGAAACUGAAACCAACGAACCAUCCAAACAAGUUGAAACAAAUACCCAAAAUCUUCCUCGUUCGCUCCCCACCCCGCCGCCAAAGGUGGUCGGCCAUGAUUUUGCUUCACUUACAGACAGAAUUAACAAAGCAGGUGGAACGAAUGCUGCUGGUUUUAGGCCCCCUCAGCCAGAUCCAUAUGUUGCUGAGACAAACCGAUAUAGCAGAGGAAGUAAUUCGACGUUCAAUCAGAUCAGACCGAAGAAUCGAGACCCUGUUUUUCGUGGAAACACGUCUAUUGGAAACAGACCAAGGAUUUCGGAACAUAGCAACAGACAUGAAAUUGAAGGUCGUGGUCUAUCGAAUCCGAAUGAUCGACCGGUUCGUAAUUCUGGUCCCGAUUCUUCGUCUUCUCGCAAUCAAGUUUUCCGAGACUCACAGAGUUCUUCGACUUCGAAUUAUGGAAUCUUUAGUGCUCCGAAAAUAAUUUCGUCUGAUGAUCGGAUGAAACAAAGAGAUGGAGCUAGAGAUGAUUCUAGUGGAGCAGCUUCGAGUCGUGUUGAUACUCGUAAGUCUAGUCAUUCGAGCCCACCUUCACCAAGGUUUGGAGUUUUUACCUCUACGAAAAAGGCCGGCUCUGGCGAUGGACGUGUGGGGGAUAAAAACUGAAUUAUAUGUUUCAGCCGGCUGUUUUUGAAUAAUCUAACGGUCAUGUGAAUUCAAAAACUGCGGGCACGCAGACCGGGGAUAUUGUAACCAGGGGUGGGUAGAGUAGGCAGUUAACCCGGUACCCUGGAGCAGAAUUGUUUCAAAAGAUGAAGUAUAGUCAUGGAGAUAAAUUUAAGAGGCAGGAGCUUCAUAUUUACUGAUGUUGAUUUGUAAGCUGUUAUUUUUUAUUUUAUUUUAUUUUUAAUGCUUCAUUGUGAAGCAUAACGAUGAUGAAGAGUGUUUAUUGGAUGUAUCUGAGGAUGUGAUAAAGCCGACCUUCAUUGAUGGCGAGGGUGUAAUAGAAAAUAGCACGAAAAUGAAACUUAUGAUGGUGGCAAUUUUGUACUGUAAGCAAUUGUGCAUUUCUUCACGUCUCUGACAAGCGUGGGAAAUU